UAUAACUUUUAAGUAUACUUAUACUGCUAGUCACACAGCUUGUGACGUGAGUAUUAAGUUUUAGGAGAUCUUUUCAUAUUUUAAUUUUGAAACAAUUAGGUAAUCGCAUUCGUCUCAAAUAAAAUGACUUCACCUGCAGCUCCAAAGGUUGCAGUUACACCAUCCAUACAAGAAUAUAGCAUCCGAGUACCAAAAAAUAACAAAAAGAAGCACAAUGUAAUGCGUUUUAAUGCAACAUUAAAUGUUGAUUUUUCAAAAUGGACACAAGUAAAGAUGGAGCGUGAAAACAACAUGAAAGAAUAUAAAGGAGUAGAGGAAGAAAUGCCAAAAUUUGGAGCUGGAUCUGAAUUUGGACGAGAUGCAAGAGAAGAAGCCAGAAGAAAAAAGUUUGGUAUUACUAGUAGAAAAUAUAAGCCAGAGGAUCAACCAUGGAUUCUUAAGUCUGGUGGCAAAACAGGAAAGAAGUUUAAAGGUAUUAGAGAAGGAGGAGUAAGUGAAAAUGCUGCUUAUUAUGUUUUCACACAUGCUGCUGAUGGUGCCAUAGAAGCUUUUCCAUUGCAUGAGUGGUAUAAUUUCCAACCCAUUCAGAGGUAUAAAGCAUUGAGUGCAGAAGAAGCAGAGCAGGAAUUUAGUCGUAGAAAUAAAGUAAUGAAUUAUUUUUCACUGAUGUUGCGAAAGAGACUUAGAAAUGACGAAGAAGGUGCAGAUGAUGAAGAAAUGAUGGAAGGUGGGAAGGGUAAAAGGCCAGGUAAAAAAGAGAAGGAUUUAAAAAUAUCUGAGAUGGAUGAGUGGAUGGACAGUGAUGAUGACUCGCUUAGUGAUGAUGAGGAAACUAAGAAAACCUCUGCGGAUGAAGAGGAUUCGAAGAAGAAGAAGAAAGGCAAGGUUGUUCCUCAGAAGAAGAAACGGAAACAAAAAGCAUCGGACGAUGAAGCGUUUGAAGAAAGUGAUGAUGGUGAUGAAGAAGGCAGAGAGUGUGAUUACAUAUCUGAUUCCUCGGAUUCUGGAUCAGAAUUGGAACAGCAAAAAGAAAUUAAGUCUGUUGCAGAAGAAGAUGCAUUAAGAAAAUUGCUUGCAUCUGACGAAGAGGAAGAUGAUGAAGAGCAGACUGACAAAAAAGAUGGCAAUGAAGACAAAGAUGAAGAAGAUGAAAAUAAAGAAAAAGAAGAGAAGGAUAAGGAUAAAGCUAGUAAAGAUUCUGAGAAGAAAAAAGACAAGAAGAAAAAGAAAAAGCAGUCUAAGAAAAAAGAUCAGAAAAAGCCUUUGGGGAAGGAUUCGUCUAGUGACUUUUCUAGUGAUUCAGGGUCUGAAUCUGAUACUAUAAAAGAAAAAGAUAAUAAAAAAUCAAAUAGUGCACAUAGUUCAAGGUCUGCAACACCCACACCUGUUACGGCAGGAAUGUCAGACCCAUUAAAGAGAAAGCAAGCUGGUUCUCCAGAUUUGUCACAAGCAAAAAAAUUGAAAUUGGAUAAUUUCAAUUUAGUGCCAGUAACUUCUUAUAUACCAGGAGCUAGUGAAUCUGGAAUCACCGAAGAUGCAGUAAGACGUUAUCUCAUGCGUAAACCAAUGACAACGACUGAACUUUUGCAGAAAUUUAAGUCCAAAAAAACUGGUCUUACUUCUGAACAGUUAGUUAAUGUAAUGACUCAAAUACUAAAAAAGAUUAAUCCAACCAAGCAGACAAUAAAAAAUAAAAUGUAUUUAUCUAUCAAGACACAAUCUAAUUAAUAUUAGUGCAAUUGAUUCAAUACAAUAUUUAUUUUGUGUACUA